AUGACAAAUCCUCCUUCAGGAACAAUUGUUGUCGGAGGAGCAGGAGCAUUGGGAAGUGGCGGAACUAACACAGGAGGCGGAGGUCAAACCGGUACUGGAACAGGAAGUGGAUCUAAUAUAGGUGGUGGACCUAGUGUACCUCCGUACACAGGUCAAGGUGGAUCACAGAUGAAACAUGAUUAUUCUAAAGCUAUGACACUAUCUAUUCUGUUCUUUGAUGCACAAAGGUCUGGUCGACUUUCUGGCACAAACAAUCCUAUUCCAUGGCGUGGGGACUCAGCUUUGGGAGACAAUGGUGACGGACACGACCUCUCAGGAGGAUGGUAUGACGCUGGAGACCAUGUUAAAUUCAAUUUUCCAAUGUCUUACUCUGCGCAUGUUUUGGGAUGGGGACUACAGAAGUUUAAAGAUGCAUAUGAAAGAGCUGGACAGCUUGACAUGAUGUAUGACAUGUUAAAAUGGCCACUUGACUACUUCUUGAAAUGUUGGGAACCUAACAAGCAGACAUAUUGGGUUCAGGUUGGGGAUGGUCACGCUGAUCAUGGAUUUUGGGGAAGACCAGAGGACAUGCACAUGGGCAGACCAGCAUUCAAAAUAACACCAGGGAAUCCAGGAAGUGACGUAGCUGGUAACACUGCAUCAGCAUUUGCUAUUGGAGCAAUUGUUUGGAAAGACAAAGAUGCUGGUUAUGCCGGAAGGUUGCUGGAUGCUGCUAAAUCUAUUUACCAAUUCGCUAAAUCCCAUCCGGGAAUAUACUCAAACAGUGUACCACAGGCAAAGGACUUUUAUGGGUCAAACGGAUGGAAAGACGAGAUGUGUGAAGCAGCAGCAGAACUGUUUAAGGCAACCGGUGAUCAACAGUACCUUAAUGACGCUAAACAAUGGUUUAGCGGCGGUACCGCAUGGGGUUAUUCUUGGGACGACAAAACUGUAGGAUGCCAGCUUUUGUUGUGGGAGGCAACUCAGGAUGGCCAAUACAAAGCUCCGGUGGAAGCUUUUGUUAAUUCCUAUAAACCAGGCGGCGGUGUUCCUUAUACUCCAUGUGGACUUGUAUAUCGGGAUAAGUGGGGAUCUAACAGAUAUGCAGGAAAUGCUGCAUUUAUUGCUGUGAUGGCGGCUGCUGAUGGAAUAGGUGGCGCUGAUUACCUAAAAUGGGCCAUGACACAAAUAAAUUAUAUCCUUGGAGAUAACAAUCGUCACAUCAGUUAUGAAAUAGGUUUUGGUGGCAAUUUCCCUCAUAAGCCGCAUCACAGAGGAGCAUCCUGUAAACCUGGAUGGUGUGCUCCUGAGUGGCAGAAUAGUCCCAAUCAGCUAAAUGGUGCUCUUGUUGGAGGACCUGGACAGAAUGAUGACUAUUCUGAUAAUCGUGGAGAUUACGUCAAAAACGAAGUGGCAUGUGAUUAUAAUGCAGGAUUUCAAGGAGCAUGCGCAGGUCUUUACCAUUUUGCUAUCAACAAUCAACUGCCACCAUCUCCACCAUCUAAAUGUUAAUUUUAUGUACAAAUAAAUAUAUUCAAG